AUGGGGAAGGGAACAGGAAGCUUUGGUAAGAGGAGGAACAAGACGCACACACUGUGUGUGAGGUGCGGCCGCCGGAGUUUUCACCUGCAGAAGAGCCGCUGCUCCGCGUGCGCUUACCCUGCUGCCCGCAAGAGGACGUACAACUGGAGUGUGAAGGCAAUUCGUAGAAAGACAACUGGAACUGGACGCAUGAGGUAUCUCCGCCAUGUGCCCCGCAGAUUCAAGACCAACUUUAGGGAAGGUACUCAAGCUGCACCGAGGAAGAAUGCAACUGCUGCACUUUAA